CAUGAAUACGUGUCAAAUAUUGUUUUGUUACAAUUUUACAUGAAAAUCAAUUGUAAAUUGGUAGAGGUUAGCUUUCAGGGAGUAAUCGACACGUAUAUUUAAAAAGUACCGGAAUUAAAUUAUAUAAAAAAUGGUUCAACAAGAAUUAAUGACACGAUAUGUAUCACCGGUAAAUCCGGCAGUUUAUCCACAUUUGACAUUAGUGUUAUUGGGAAUUGGUGUAUUUUUCACUGCCUGGUUUUUCGUUUAUCAAGUUACAAGCACAAAGAAAACUCGAGAUAUCUUCAAAGAAUUAUUAUUAUCAUUAGUAGCAGCUUUGUUCUCUGGUUUUGGUGUAUUAUUUUUACUACUUUGGGUAGGGGUUUACGUAUAAAACAAACCAAAAAAUGUUGUAACAUAACUUUUAUU